UAAAUAAAUUUCUUACAUAAUUUUUUAUAUAUAUUUUAUACAUAAUCAUUAGUUAACGAAUUCUUAUCUGGAUAACAAUAUACUUUAUGUUUAUCAAUGUUAAUGUAAGAAACAAGAUUUAUUGAAUUUGCUAUAAUGGGAGAAGAAAAAUUAUCUUUCGUCAAUCGAGUUGUUAUAAUAACUGGAGCUGGAGCAGGUUUGGGUCGUACAUAUGCUUUACUUUUUGCUUCAAGAGGUGCUAGUGUCGUCGUAAAUGAUUUAGGUGGAAGUAGAGAUGGUGAUGGAAGUAGUACUAAAAUUGCAGACUCAGUUGUCAAUGAAAUUCGAAAAAAUGGUGGUAGAGCAGUGGCUAAUUAUGAUUCUGUUCUUGAUGGUGAAAAAAUUGUUAAAACAGCUAUUGAUGCAUUUGGACGAAUAGAUAUACUUGUUAAUAAUGCUGGAAUUUUAAGAGAUAAAUCUUUUGCUAAAAUGCUAGAGAGUGAUUGGGAUUUGAUACAAAAUGUUCAUUUAAAAGGAGCUUUUAAAACAACUCAAGCUGCUUGGCCCUAUUUUGUUAAACAAAAAUAUGGUAGAAUAAUUAUGACAGCAAGUAAUAGUGGUUUGUAUGGAAAUUUUGGCCAAGCUAACUAUAGUGCAGCAAAAAUGGGUCUUAUUGGUUUGACUAAUACAUUAGCUAUCGAAGGCAAACAAAAAAAUAUACAUACAAAUGUGAUAAUACCAACAGCAGCAUCUCGUUUAACAGAAGAUAUUUUACCACCAGAUUUCUUUAAAGAAUUAAAACCUGAAUUAAUAGCUCCUGUAGUAGUUUGGUUGUGUCAUGAAAAAUGUAUGGAAAAUGGUUCUAUUAUUGAAUCUGCAUUGGGUUGGGCAGGCAAAUGUCAUGUAAUUCGUUCAUCAGGAUCCACAUUAAGACAAGAUUUAUCAAGCGAAAUCACUCCUGAAGAUGUUGAAAACAAAUGGCAAGUUAUUACUGAUAUGUCAAAUGCUAAACAUUUUAAUUCUAUUGAGGAAGUAACAGGAGAAUUCAUGACUACAAUUGAAACAACGAAAUCCGAGAAUUCUCAACCUUCUGAAUCACAAAACAGUGGCGUUCUGAGACAUACUUACAAUUACCGGGAUAUUAUAUUAUAUGCAUUAGGAGUCGGUGCCUCUGUUCAGAUACCAACUGAUUUUCGUUAUUUAUAUGAAAAUGACAGCAAUUUUGCUGUAUUGCCUACAUUUUAUGUUGUGUAUGCUCCAAUGGUUGCUUUGGAAUUUUCUAUGUAUGAAAAGUUUUUACCACAUAUUGAAUUGGAUCCAACAAAGAUUUUACAUGGAGAACAAUAUAUUGAAGUUUAUAAACAAUUACCAACAGAAGCUACGGUGGAAACACGUUAUAAAAUUGUGGAUGUAGUAGAUAAGGGAAAAGGUGCCUUAGUUGUAAUACAACAUGAUACAUUUGAUACUAGUAAUGAAGAUAAAUUAUCUACAGGCCAAAUGAUAAUAUUUGUAAUAGGAGCUGGUAAUUUUAAAGGAAAACGAACAUCUUCAUAUAUUAUACCAACUAUUGAAUCUCCAAAUAGAGAACCAGAUACAUCAGUUACUCAACAAACAAGUCAAGAUCAAGCUGCUUUAUAUAGAUUAAGUGGUGAUCAAAAUCCUUUGCACAUUGAUUCAAAUAUGUCAAUGAUAGCUGGUUUUAAACAACCAAUUCUACAUGGAUUAUGUACGCUUGGAUUUUCUGUUCGCCAUAUUCUUCAAACUUAUACUGGUGGUGAUCCUAGUCUCUUUAAAGCUAUAAAGACACGUUUUGCAAAACCAGUAAUCCCAGGUCAAACAUUACGAACGGAUAUGUGGCAAGAAGGUAAUAGAAUACAUUUUCAAACACAUACUGUGGAAGAAAAUAUAUUAGUUUUAUCAGGUGGUUAUGUUGAUUUAACAAAUACAAUAUCCAUACAAUCAAAAGAAAAUCUUUCAUCUGACAUCAGUAACACAUCUCUUGAAAGUGAUGCAGUAUUUUUUAAAAUCGCUGAAUAUGUAAAAACAAAUUCAGAUGAAGUUAAAAAAAUCAAUGGAGUAUUUCUUUAUCAUAUUUUAGUAAAUGGAAAACUUAAAGCACAAUGGACUUUGGAUUUGAAAAAAUCUGAAGUAUAUAGAGGAGAACCAAAAUCAAAACCUGAUGCAACAUUGACUCUUGAAGAUGCUGACAUGAUUCAAAUGGCUUUGGGUAAAUUAAAUCCACAAGUAGCAUUCGUUCGACAAAAAUUAAAGAUUACUGGAAAUAUCAUGCUUACUCAAAAACUAAAAACACUUAUAGAAGCAAGUAAAUCAAAAUUGUAAUAUUAACAAAAUUCCUCAAUUAAAUAAUUACGUUAUAUUAUAUAUAUAUAUAAUAUAUUAUAAAAAAAUGAGAAAAUAGCUAACAGAAUGGCAUAAAGAUAAAGGAGAAUUUUGUUCUAUCUGUGAUAAUUCUAAACCAUUAUUAAAUUUUUUACAGUAUUUUGAUAUUUAUCUUCUUAAAAGUGUUAAUAGUAAAUAUUUUGAGUCACAUCUAAUCAAAUUUUAAAUACUUUAAAUAUUUUUGCUUUGGUAUAUGGUAUGUGAUUUAAUUUAAAAUAUGACAGUUUUAAUUUCUGAUAAAAAUUUAUGUGAGAAAAGACUAUUAAAUUAACUUAAUCUGGUUAUUUUAUUUAUAAAAUAUUUAUAAAAUAUCAAUUAGAUUUGCAUUCCUUUUACUAGCCAUUUUCUUAUUUUUAUAUUAUAGUUAUUAUAUCAUACUUUUAUACUAAUUUUUAUUUACUUUAAUGAUUAUAUGGCUAGGGUAAAAUAAGACAUAAAAUAUUCAUAUAUUUCUUUUAUAUUAUGAAUUAAAGAAAGUUAUAUUUGUA